AUGCGAUCAAUCAGCGGCAGCACGGUGGACGAUAAUCGACCACCAGAGUCCAAUCUGGGCCGCAGGUUGGAUACUCGGCGGCUUCUCAUCAUCGCGGCUCUGCUCUGCGCCGCAUUCUACUUCCUCUCCUCCCUCCUCCCCGCCAAUCCCUCCUCCUAUUAUGAUCGCACCCUCUACACAGAUGUCUCAUCGUCUCCCGACGAUCAAUCAUCAUCAUCUUUUUUUUCACAUCGGCCCGACCCGCUCAGCAUUCGCUGGGACCUGCACAGCUCCCUGCCCGACCGCAACUUCCACAUCGUCAGCGCGAGCCAGGACCACCGCGCCUUCCCCCCGCCCGCGCGCCUGCCCGCCGACCCCGCCGUGCGCGCCGCCACCUUUCCCGAACUGGCCGGCGACCCGCGCCUCCGCAUCUUCCAGCUCCACCUGGGCCUCGCCAACCGCUUCGUCACGGUACUCAAGGACAACAGCUGGACCAGCGCCUUCGGCACCGUCGAGCUCUGGUGGCACGACCAGCCCGACGACGACGUCGACGGCGCCGCCGACAUCGGCUCCACCGCCGAGCAGGUGGUGCUGAUCGAGGGCGUCGGGCGGAUGGUGGUCAAGCGCCUCCCGGCCCAGCAGUGCCUGCACGACCUGCCCAAGGGCACCGACUACCGCAUGGCCAACGGCCAGCCGGCCUACCUCGAGCUCGUGGUGCGCUGCGCGUUCCUGGUCGACGACGUCGUCGUUGCGCGGCUGCGCGACCACGCGCGCGCCCGUGGCGCGCUCAAGGUUCACGCCGCGGGCGACGCCGCGCUCUUCCCGCUCGCCGAGGUGCUCCACUUCCCGGACCCGACCACCUUCCUCACCUACGACGAGUACGACGAGCGGCCGGCCGCCUUUGCCGCGGCGCCGUGGGAGCCGGUGAGCGUGGUGCGCGCGCCGGCCGGGUCGGCCGCGGCGGCGAUCCGCGUGGGCGCGGUGUGCACCAAGAAGUAUUCGUGGAAUGCGGACGACGAGCUGUGGCUCAUGUGGAUGCUCGACAUCGUGGGCGUGGACCACAUCGUCAUCGCCGUGUCGACGCGCGACCUCAACAUGUCCACCGUCGUCGACGCCAUCGCGCGCUACGACGACCCGCGCCUCACCGCGCGCGUGACCCUGGUCGACCUCGACGUGCCCACCGGGCGGCCCAAGGUCACCUACUCGUACCUGCUCGAGUGCAUGGGCCGCGAGGCCUUCCUGCGCUGGCAGGCCGACUUUGACUUCCUCUUCCUCAUCGACCCCGACGAGUUCGUCCAGCUCUUCGCCGCCGAGCCGCCGCACGCGCGCAUCGACGUCAAGACCUUUGUCGCGCGCCACCGCGAGCGCAUCGAGCGCGAGGGCGUCGCCUACCUCCGCCGCCCGCGCGUGCGCCGCCUCGAAAGCGACCACCGCGCCGCUGAGCCCCUCCUCCCCGCCCUCCUCCGCGCCCUGGCCCCGCUCGACGGCGCCGCCAUGCACCACCUCCUCGGCCCCGACGCCUCCUACGCCCGCGAGUUCGGCAAGUCCCUCUUCUGGCCCCCGCGCGCCAUCCACUCCUUCCUCCACUUCAACCCCGACUCGCUGCCGGACUGGUUCGACGCCCGCCAGGCCCACAUGCUCCACGUCCGCAAGGACAACCCCUACGGCGGCCAGCCCGUACGAACGGUGCAAGAGUACCUCGACCAAAUAAAAAAUAAAAUAAAAUAA